AUGAAAAUUUAUAGUGCUGUUUGUAACUUAAAUAGAGGCAUUUUUGAAUUUUCCAUUUUGAGAGUUCAAGAUGAGGCUUAUGAAAUUUUGUCAACUAAUCACAAUCCUUUACUAAGUGGCGAUGCUUUCAAUAAUGCUAUUGUAAAUUAUUUUGUUUCUGAAUUUGAACGAGAAAAUGGAAUUGAUUUGAGCAAGGACCCUAUUGCAAUUCAACGCUUACGUAAAGCUUCUGAAAAGGCAAAAUGUCGACUUUCAAGUUGUACACAAACUGAAAUUAUUCUUCCAAAUAUUUUUUUUGAUACUAAUGGACCUCCUAAACAUUUUCGAAUAAAAUUGACUCGUUCAAAAUUUGAGGAGUUGACUGAAAAUUUGAUACAAAAAAUUGUGCAACUUGCUCAAAGAACAUUAAAUGAUGCUAAAAUGGCAAAUCAAGCAGAUGAUAAGGAUUUACAAUUAAACGAGGAGGAGGAUUUACAAUCUACUGGAGUUACCUCAGUUUUGAUCAUUGGAGGGAUGUCUAAAGUGCCAAAGGUUUUUUUUUAA